CACAAGGCUCCCGCACACUACACCAACAACCACCACACAAGCUCCCACAACAACUACACCAACCACAGAAAGUACUUCACCACCGACCACCACAAUCUCUACACCAACCACAACAGCACCUCCACCCAUCAUAAUCAUUGCCACGAUGCCUCCACUGACUCCAGAACCCACCACCACACCAACAACAACAACAGCUUCUAAAACGACCAUCUCCACCACAAGAAAGACAAACAAAACCAGCAAAAAGCAAAAUAAAGCAACCAAGAAAGCAAAGCCUCAUCCUGUCACUACCACCACCGCCGCCACCACCCAGACAACUAAGAGCUCCACAACAUCACUUCCUGUUGUAACAGCCAGUCAAGAGGCUGCACCAAGAACUACUGAAAAACCACAGCCCAUCACUGAAACUACAACUCCCACUACUACUACGACUACUACUCCACUUUCUACUACCACCACCACCACUACUACUCCUUCCACUACCACAACAGCGACAACUCCCACUACUACUACAACAACUACAACUCCCAGUACUACCACCACUACUACGACUGCUCCUCCUCUUCCUACUACUACAGCUCCUGCCACCACUGAUUUGUCCACCACGAGGUCGACUCCAGGAGCAACUCUCGUUAUCGUCCCCAAAGACGCUGUCCAGUCCGAUCAUGGCCUCCAGAACUCGAGCGUGCGGGGGAAAGCGGUGGCGGCACAGGGGGCGGUGAAGAGCGGCGUGGUAGCAUUCAUGGUGCUGGGGCUCGCUGUGCUCACGCUGGCUCUGGCUGUCGGUGGUCGCAAGGCGAUGGAGUCAUUCGACAGACGCCAUUACACGAGACUGGAGCUCAAUGACCUGCACUACGAGGUGUGAGGAUGUUUAUGACGGAAGCCCCAAAGGACAAUUAACAAGACUUAAGAUGAGUCCAUUUAAGAUUGUUAGCAUUUGUCUUUUUAAUUUACAUAAUAAUGGAAUGUCUACUUCACUAUGUUAAAACUACAGAGAAUACUCUGAUUCUGAUUGGCCAGAGGGUGCAUUAUUUUCAAAUAACCACACAGCUCUGGCAUAUUGUUUGUUUAUGUUUAUUGUCCUAAAACAGGAGUAAACAAGCCUUUGAUCUUUGGUAAGUGGGCGUGGUAUAAGGAUGAUAAUGCCUGACACAUUAAUGUUGUAUAAAAUAAUGCACUGAUACCUGUGCAGUUAUAUAAAAUAAUGCACAGUGUGAAGAAAAACUGCCUCUGGCCUCAGCAGCCUGCAUUAUUUUACUAGGAGACGGCAAUAUGGAUAAAAUCCUCUAUCAUAGAACAUUCUCCUACUUCUUAACUUAAAAUAUUUAAAAUAAUGGAAGAAAACAGUCACGCAGCUAAAAAACAGCUGUUUUUCUUUUUUCUUUUGAUUGACAGCACCGAUAUAUAUCAUUUUAUAUCGAGAUAAAAUAUAUAUUGUGAUACAGUAAAUUUAAAAUGCAACACAUGACAAAUCACGAAACAUCACAAUGAUGCCAAAAUUAUCUUUUGUCUCAGAAUCAUUUUAUCAUUUUAAAUUUGUCACAAUUUAAAAUUCUCAUGUUGUUUUUUGAAAUCUAUGUAUCUUUGUUACUGCCAAUAUGACAAAAAUAUUAGCUCAGUUUCUGGUUAUAACAAGAUUUUGAUUCAUUAUGACAUAAUUCCCCAAAUUGUUCUGUUUUAAAAAGUUAUCAUCUUUAUAUUCCUGAUAUUAGACAUCAGUGUAUUUUUUGAAACAAGGAACUUUUAUCACGAUAAGAUUUCGUUAUACAAGAAACUUAAAUUUUUCAAAUUAGAAAAACAUCCAAACAGAGAAAAUAGUAAAAAAAAAACAUUAACAUUACGUUAAUAACAUGAAAAUAUUUAGUUUUAAAGUCGCAGUUAAACAUGAAACAUUUCAUGCUGUUAUGAAAAACCGAGCUUUUUUUGUUAUCCUGGCAGCAAUAUGCCUCCGUAGAACUUUGAAAAUGUCACUUUUCUAAUAAUUGACCUUAAGCCCCGCCCCUUUUAGAACCAACUUCCUGUACUUAGAUACGCUAUGUGCUAGGCUAAUCUAUGACAUAUUCACAUCUAAAGUUAUCUUAUGUCAGCAAAAAUCUAGCAAACUAGCUAGCUAAUCUACAUCAAUCACUAGCUAGUGAAUUAGCUUAUGUUUGGCUAACUGUAGCUAUCAGAUAUAACGAGCUAGCUAACGAGAUGUCACUAUAUAUGUCACUUUUAUCCGCUAAUCGUCUUCAAAAACGCUUUGAAACGCAAACUAGCUAGCUAACAAUUAGAGUAGAUUAGUUAGAUAGUUAGGUAGUGUUUUGUUAGCAUUAGCUAAAAUGUGAUAUUUUAUCUUAACCAUCUUCAGAAUAUGGUUGUUGUAGCAUAGAUUAGCCUAGCAUAUAGCAUAUCUAAGUACAGGAAAAGAGGAAGUUGACGAGGUUCUGACCGAGGCUUCCUCAACUGUGAUUGGAGCACAGAGCAGAAAGGGGCGGGGCUUAGGAAGGGUUGACAGACUUUAGCUGGCUGGAUAGUGAGUUUAGGAAAUGUCGAAGAGAAAAGUUUGAUGGAACAAACAGCAAUAUUUUUAUUCCCUGACUCUCAGGAAGGUGUGAUGUAACGUAGAGGAACAGAGGAUGUGUGAGCGGACACUGAUCGGGUUAUUGAUGAACCCUUUGUGUAUAACGAACACCUGCAUGUCUUUUAUCUCACAUGCUUCAGCCAUACGAGCCUGAACCAGCUCAGUCUGGAUGUCACUCUCACUGUGGUGGUUUUGUAUUUUGUCCACAGUUUUCUUGUUUCACUCGUGGAUAAAAAUGUAAACGAUGGAUGCAAUUCUCUAAGAUUGAUGCACUAUUGUAUCCUAUGUUUUUGAUAAUUAUGAUAUGCUUCUUUUUGAAUAUUAGAUUGUUUUUCAUAGGUAAGAGUCACUGGCCGCGCACUAUUUUCCUAUAAUGAUUUGUAUUGGAUGUCGGUGUGUGUGGGGGGGUCAGUGUGCAGACUGCUGCAGCGUCAGUCGUCCACCAGGUGGCAGCAGCAGCCUGAUGAACCUCCUGCAGACACUGAGGAAGCUGCACUGUUGUUCUCACUGCUGUCUGAUCAGUUAAUAUCAUGGAUGAACUGUUUGGUCUUGUUUUGUGAAGUGAUGCUUUUGCAUAAGUUUGGAAUUUGAUGUUUUGUUCUUGUAAGGAUUAAAAAA